AUGAGUCUCAACAACAACAAAUCUAUCUGGAAAAGCACAGAGCAAGACCUACGUCUUUUUCUAGGGCCCAAGUUAAAGGAAGUUGCAGGCAAGAAAUUUGCACAGAAAAGUGUUGAAUUAGAUGAUAUAACCGUCGUCGUAUCGGUGAAUCACCGAAAUCAGCCAGACCUCACUCUCUCCUGUGACAAAACAGAAAUAGAUUGGCCCGCUGUGGAGAAACAGCUUUUCGUGUGGGGUGAUCUUUUCCAUGCUGGGAAGAAACUAACACUGAGUAUGCCAUUCAACUAUACCGAGGGCAAUCAUAUCUCAAGGCCUAGUCCAAGAGGAGCAGAUAAAGAGGGGCCUCAUCUGCUACCUAGUUGA